CACAAACAACAUCAAGAACUUUAUGAUAUCGUUGAUCCAAUCUUAACUCUAUCUCAGCAUCCGCUCUCACUCACAUCAGGCGCAUAAACCAAACUUCAACUUAUAGUAAAGACCGCCCUCAUAUUGACGUCAAACCUCACCAAAUACCGAAAUACCGUACUUAUAUCACCACCACAACCAACCACUUCACACACACCAAGUGCCACCCCCCGCGAUGGUUUCACCCACCAAAGAUCCCAUUACGUGUCACGUCCUUGACACUCAGGCCGGCAAACCCGCGCGCGGCAUCCGUGUCCGCCUUGAAGGUCCUAUCCCCCCUUCUGCCAAUCCGCACUCGGCCGCCCAGCCGAGGGCCAACACCUUCGAGUCCAUCACGGACGAGGACGGCCGCGUUACUUCAUGGUUGCCCUUUCUCUCCGAGGAUUCUGCUGGCGAGCCUCCUCUCCAAACGCUUGUUGAGAUUCUCGAGGACCGCAAGGGACGGGGCUCAUCACGCUGGACGCUGCGUUUUGAUACCGGAGCUUACUUUGGCGAGGAGAACACCUUUUUUCCCGAGGUCACGGUUACCUUCCGUAUGGAGGAGAGGCAGACGUAUCAUGUACCUCUCCUGCUGAGCCCUUACAGCUACACGAGCUACCGUGGAAGCUAGAAGGUCAGCACUAUUCUCUUGCAGACGUGGAUGAAAUGGGCCAGAAUGAUGAUCUCGAUAUUUUAUACGGAAAUGAACACCUGUGCGUCUAGUAUAGCGACAGGCUCAAGACAGUACAUUAGAGUUAUUUGCACAAUGAGAGCCCAAGGGGUAAUGGUCAUUUUGAUAAU